AUGACUCUAUUUUCAUGGUUAUUGAAUGGUGGUAGUGGUACUACUAUUUCAGAUCAAUCAUCAUCAUCAUCAUCUAAACAUUUGACAAAAUCAUCAUCAAAACAUGUUUCAAAUCAAGUUGUUUUAGAUAGUGAUAUUCAAGAUGAAAGUGAAAGUGAAAGUGAAAGUGAUAGUGAUAGUUCAUCUCUAGAGGACAACGAUUACAAUGACAAUGAUAGUAUAUAUAGGGUGAAGCUAUUGGAAUCGAUAUCGGUAUCACCUUUAAAGCUACAGAAUUACAUGACAAUACCGAGAGACAACAGUACGAUUCCUCUGGAGAUGGUAUUCUCAUUCGAUACCACCGGCAGAAUGUUUAAGUUUUUCGAACGAAUGAAAACUACGCCAUUCAAAGACAGUUUGUUUCGUCUGUUUGAGAUGAUACCACUUCUGCGGAUAGCGAUCAUCGCUCACGGCGACUAUUGUGACGACAACACUGAAACCAGUCAUCCCUACAAAUGCGCUAUCUCCAUUCUCCCGUUCACCAACGAUUGCAACGAAAUCAUCGAGUUUAUCAACAAAGUUGAAAAGACCGACGGUGGCGACGCACCAGAGUCCUAUGAAUACGUACUGAGAAAGUCACGUGAACUUCCAUGGUCUACAAAUUCAAAAAAAGCAAUUGUGUUGUUUGGAGACGAUGUUCCACAUCCACCAAGUUAUACCGAUCAACAUUUGUAUUGGAGAAACGAGUUGCAUUUCCUGACAAAGAUUGGUGUGAGAAUGUAUGGAGUGCAAUUGAAUCUCACCAAUUUCAUUGCACCCAAAUUGAAUUCACUCAUACCAACAAACUCAAACACAACAUCAUCCUCAUCAACAUUUUCAACAACAACAAUUCCAACCAUUACAACAAAAACAACUAUUUCCAAUCGUCAACAACAACAACAACAACAAAGUUCAAACAUGUUUUUAUUUGAUACAACACCAUUAAUAUUUAAUACAUCUUCCAUUGAUUCAACACCCGCUUCCACACCUAUGACACCUUAUGCCAGCUAUCGUCAAUAUCCACAGCUAAACUCAGUUCGUAGACAACCAAUUUCAACACCAAUCGCAUCUAAUAUCUCACGACCGAAUAUCAACAUCAGCAACAAUCCACUCAUUCGUCGUCAGCUAAAGAUUGGUGUAGUAGCAUCGCCCAAACAAAAUUUAACAACAACAACAACAGCAGCAGCAUCUAAAACAACAGCAAACAAAAUAACAACACCCAACAAACAAACAAACUCGAGUAAAAAGAGAAAGUCAUUUGAAUCUGAAGAGGAUGAGCAAGAGGAGGAAGACAACUCUUCAAUCUCCACACAGUCAUCCGAUGAAUUCAUAACAAGAGAUCUAUUUGGACAAUCGACAGCAACACUGGUGGAUUCCAACAGCAGCAGCGUCGACAAUUUAAAUCAACAAGGAUCACUACUGGCGAAUCAUCAACAUACAAAAGAAUUAUUAUUUUUAGAGAAACCACCGAAGCCAAUCAUUUCUCAAGCACGCCAAUCACCAUCUUCAUCAUCUUCACCUUCAUCAGCAGCAUCAACAUCAUCAUUGAUGGCAACACAGCCAACAACAGCAGCAGCUGUCACAUCAACUACAACCACAUCGACAACCACCACCACUUCACUUUUCACUGUAAAUAACAAUCAUAACAACAACCACCAACAUCAUCAUCAGAUACAACAACAACAACAACAUCAGAGUCCAACAAAGAACCGUGGUGCACCACUCGAACUGUCACCACCAAAAAUCGGAAAUUUCAUUGCACUGAGAACGGCAACAGGUCAUGACUUUGUUGUUGGUAAAGUACUGGGUUACUCUAGCAAAGAUCCAUCGGAUCCAAAGCUAAAGUCAGUGGAUGUCGUUCGAUACCAAUGUGUAGAGGAUGAUGACGAUCGCUAUUACAUCGAGGGCAAAAAGCAAACCUAUCAAAUCGAUGCAAUACUUGGUAACAUCACAAUGAAAAACGACACAGCAUCGAAUCAAUACCGAUUAAUCCUACCGAAUCCAACUGCUCCUUCAAAUACAACUCAAUCUACUUUAUCAAUAAGAAAAAUGAUGAAACUAUUAUUUGUUACCAUCGUAUUGGGAUUGUUAUUCCAAGUCUCAUUCGGUACUGAAACUGCAAAGUUCAAUGGUACAGUUGAGGAAAGAGUUAGAAAGGAAUUGGAAGUUUGGGAGAAUAAUUGGAGUGGAUUCCCAAUCAAUUGUAGACGUAUGGUUGAUACACUCUCGGCUGACGGUGUCAUUGAGUACCCAGCCGGAAAGAACGUCAUCGGUGGUGGUCACAAGAGAAUCUUUUCGCGUUGUGAGAAGUUCAUCAUUGAGAACUUUAACCAAAUGCAAACCUACAUCACUGGACCAGCCCAUGUCGUUGGUUACAACGCUGCCUUUGAGCGUACCACCCUCUUUAUGACCAAGAACAACUGCCGUCUCUACUCCAGAGGUAUCGUCACCAUCCAAUACGACAAGGAUUUCAAGAUCAAGGUUUUGAAGGACUUCUUUGACGCCGACGAAUUGGUUGCCAAAUACCAAUCAUGCCAAUUCCCAGACACUCCAUUGCCAGAUCACAUGGCCGGUGCCGAAGACACCAAGGUCGAAGAGGUCAAGGUUGAAGAAGUCAAGGUUAUUAAGAACGAAGAAAAGUCUGUCAAGGAUGAGUUAUAA